AUGCCUCUCAUUAUCAUUUCCGGAUACCCUUCUAGUGGAAAGACACAACGAGUUAACGAAAUCAAAGAGUAUUUAGCCAAGAGGCUCGAGCAAGAGAACAGAUCUCUGCGCAUCCAGGUGAUCAACGACGAAAGCCUUCAUGUCACCAAAGACGCUUACAAUGAUGCUCGCGAGGAAAAGAAAGCAAGAGGCGCAUUGCUAUCAGCAGUAGAGAGAACACUAUCCAAGGACGACAUUGUCAUUGCCGACGCAUUAAACUACAUCAAAGGGUUUCGAUAUCAACUCUAUUGUAUUGCAAGAGCAAUUGGCACACCUCAUUGUGUGGUUCAAACAGGUGUUCCUGUAGAUAUCGCAAAAGAAUGGAAUCAGAAUAGAGAAUCAGAAGGUUAUGAUGAGAAAGUGUUUGACGAGUUGGUAUCACGAUACGAGGAACCAGAGGAGCGCAAUCGAUGGGAUUCACCACUAUUUACAUUAAUUCAUGAUGAUAAAGGGAUUCCUGGAGACAAGAUUUGGGAUGCAGUGAUAUUACGAAAGGCAUUGCCACCCAACAAAUCCACCGUCUCAAAGCCAGUAUCAUCAACCAACUACGUGUAUGAGCUAGACAAAGCUACAUUAGAGAUUAUCAAUGCCUUUGUUGAGCGUCAAAAGGAAUUUGGACCAGGAGGAACCCCAAUGAUUGUACCUCGUUCAGAAACAAAAGUCAUCAAUCCAUCUCGUACUGUUACAUUAUCAGAACUAAGAAGACAUAGAAAACAAUUUGUUACAUACAACAAGAUGAACACUACUUUGGAUGUUGACCGUUUGGGUGAUGUUUUCGUCAAUUAUCUCAAUUCAAAUCUGGAAUAA